UUUUGAAUCUGUUCAUAGGCAAGGCAUGGCUUCAUCUAUCACUCUGAUCGCAGUCUUUUCAAUUGCCCUGUUUGCAUGCAUCACGGAAGCAAGGAAGAAUCCUACGGACUUUUUGCAAUCUGCUGUCAUUAAUGAGCAUACUGAGGACAAUCACCAUGCAGAGUCGUCCCUUUCCAAUCAGAAGAAGACAAGUAAUGGUAACAUAUUGAAGGAUUUCGAGUCGAAGUUUGAGUCGAAGCCCGGCAUCUUUCUCUGGUCGUAUCAAGGCAACGACAAUCACCAUGCAGAGUCGUCCCUUUCCAAUCAGAAGAAGACAAGUAAUGGUAACAUAUUGAAGGAUUUCGAGUCGAAGUUUGAGUCGAAGCCCGGCAUCUUUCUCUGGGGGUAUCAAGGCAACGACAAUCACCAUGCAGAGUCAUCCCUUUCCAAUCAGAAGAAGACAAGUAAUGGUAACAUAUUGAAGGAUUUCGAGUCGAAGUUUGAGUCGAAACCCGGCAUCUUUCUCUGGGGGUAUCAAGGCAACGACGCUGAGUCUAAGUCUAAGGAGGAGAAACCACUCGUGAAAGAUAAUUAAUGUCCAGGGAAGCCGCAACUUUACCUCUGAAUGGACUACGGACAUAUAUGUCUUCUAGCU